ACCUCUUGCAUUUCACUACUAUACUAUAUACUAUAUAAACUUCACCUCUAACCAAGAAAAUUAACAAGAAAUAACUUUGUGUUUGAGAACAAUUUAAUAAUAUCGUCAUGAGUCAGGAGAAGCCACGGAGGCCGGAGCAAGAACCGAUAAAAUACGGCGACGUGUUCAACGUGUCUGGUGAGUUAUCAUCACAACCGAUUGCACCAAGAGAUGCUGCAGCCAUGCAAUCAGCGGAGGACAAAACAUUGGGACAGACUCGAAAAGAUGGUCCUGCUUCUCUCAUGACUUCUGCGGCGCAGAAAAACGAGGAUGCUGGUCUGAUCGGUCAUAACACUGCUACAAGCAUUGGUAGAAACGAAGGCGUUGCGGUUUCAGAAACUUGUGAUUCGGGAAAACGUGUCAUCACUGAGACCCUUGGUGGACAGGUUUUGGGGAAGUUUGUGGAAGAUACAAAUGGUGCACAAGGAACUAACUUUGAAGACGAAGGUGAUCCUAAUCCUCUCUCAGCUCAAGCUCCUAAAGUUGAAGCAACAAUGGACAGAGAUUUCAUAAGUAACCAAGGUGGUGGUGUUAUGAAUCCUCGGUUGCAUGGGAACCCACGUGAGAAUGAGAAUGCACGGUCCAAUGAGUCAAUGGACAAGGGUUUAUGGAAUGAAAACUCUGAGAUUAUAAAUAGUGUACCUGGUGGCAUGGGUGCAUCCAUGGCGACUGCAACUGCGGACCGACUUAAGAAAAACAAGUGAUGUGCACCUUUGAGUUCAAAAUAAGAUGUUUCGUUUUGUUUUGUUUUGUUUUAUAGGAGUGUGAAUUUUAUCUUCUAGUUUUGGUAAAAUGUUUUACCUUUUUAACCAAGACUUGGCAUUAGUCUUUUAAUUGUUAUAAUUAUCCAAAGUUUACUCUAUAA